ACAUACCCGCCUCUCACAGAACGCAUCUUGCGGGAAGGUUUGUGAGGGCUGUAUGCUCAACUCACGCAUCAUAGUUGAAACGUCUCGCGUAGAUCGUGCACGUCCGGACAGUUGAGACGCGUUCGUGCGUUCCGUGGACGGUUCCUUCGCUUUCAAGUGAGUGCGUAAGUGUGUUAAGUGAAGUGAGGAAAAGUCCUAGCCACCAUAGUGAGGUUUGUGCUGCUUCGUGUGUUUUGCCCUUCGGGAAAAUAACUACCGGCUAGUGCACCGUUGUGACGCAUUCAUUGCCAUCGAAAGUGUUCCUGUGUGUUUGCUCUGCCGGGAAUACUAGCUGCCGCUUAUGACUGGCUGGUUCAGCACCAUUGCAUGUUGAACGAUUAGGGACGUUAUAUUAACGUCCUACUCAUGUAUAGCUGGCCGCGGCAGCGAUGGCCAAAAUAGGAUCGUCAUGUAUAGCAUACGUAGUUAUUAAUUUAUUUAUUUUCCAUAGUCUAAUCUUAAGUAGCAAUGCACAACGUCGACCAUAUGGCGGCAGAGACCGAUUAGCCAGCAGACCACCGAUCCAUCGCGUACAUCCGUGCGAGCAGAGCUCUUGCUAUCCGGCUACGGGCAAUCUGCUGAUAGGACGUGAGAACCGGCUGGAAGCGUCGUCCACCUGCGGUACGGUACGGUCGGAACGUUACUGCAUCGUGUCCCAUCUGGAGGAGAAGAAAUGCUUCCUCUGCGAUACGCGCCGCGAAACCGAGAACGAUCCGAUGCGCAACCAUCGGAUCGGUCAGAUCAUCUACAAAAUGCAACCGGGUACCGUCGAACAAACCUGGUGGCAGUCGGAGAACGGACGUGAAAAUGUCACCAUUCAGCUGGAUCUGGAGGCAGAAUUCCACUUUACCCAUCUGAUUAUCGUCUUUGCGACGUUCCGUCCGGCGGCGAUGCUGAUCGAGCGUUCGUACGAUUUCGGCAAAACCUGGCACGUGUACAAGUACUUCGCGCACAGCUGCCGGGAGUCGUUCCCGCACGCGCCACUGAUCGCACGGAACAUUACGGACGUGAUCUGCGAUCACCGGUACUCGGGUGUGGAACCGUCGAAGAACGGUGAGGUGAUCUACCGUGUGCUGCCUCCGAACAUGAACAUCGAGAACCCGUACGCCGAACACGUGCAAAACAUGCUGAAGAUGACGAACCUGCGUGUAAACUUUACCAAGCUGCACUCGCUCGGUGACAAUUUGCUGGACGAUCGGGACGAGAUACAGGAGAAGUACUAUUACGCCAUCUCGAACAUGAUUGUGCGUGGCUCUUGCUCGUGCUACGGCCAUGCUUCUCGCUGUUUGCCGCUCGAGGGUGUGCGGAAUACGGUGGACAUGGUGCACGGACGGUGCGAGUGUACGCAUAACACGAAGGGUCUGAACUGUGAGGAGUGUGAGGACUUCUUCAACGAUCUACCGUGGAAGCCGGCACUUGGCAAACAGACCAACGCUUGUAAAAAGUGUAAUUGUAACAACCACGCGACUAGCUGCCAUUUUGACCAGGCCGUUUACGAACACUCGGGACGGGUUAGUGGCGGAGUGUGUGACAACUGCCAGCACAACACGCAAGGAUAUCACUGCGAAGAGUGUGCACCGUUCUACUACCGCGAUCCGAACGAGGACAUCCAGAGUCCGUACGUGUGCAAACCGUGCGAUUGCGAUCCACGUGGUUCGCUGGACGAUGGAAUUUGCGACUCGAUCGCCGACGAGGAGAAUGGUAUUGUGGCCGGUGCCUGCCACUGUAAGCGCAAUGUGAACGGACGUCGGUGCGACCAUUGCCGGGAAGGAUUCUGGAACUUUGACGAGAAUAAUCCGGAGGGCUGCCAGCCGUGUACGUGCAACACGCUCGGAACGGUUAACAAUUCGGGUUGUAAUGUGUACACUGGCGAGUGUAUCUGUAAGCGGUUGGUCACCGGACGCGACUGUAACCAGUGUAUGCCGGAAACGUAUGGACUGUCGGACAGUUUGGAGGGUUGUACGCCGUGCAACUGUCAUCCGGGAGGAUCGCUGGAUAAUAGCUGUGACGUGAUUACGGGCCAGUGCCGUUGCAGACCGCAUAUGCAGGGACGAGAUUGUAGUGAACCGAAGCAACACUACUUCAUUCCGACGUUGCACCGUAUUCUGGAGGCUGAGAUUCCGUCCACUUUCUGCGAGUCUGGCGGAGGACAAAACUGUUCGGUUGUUGUGCGCGAACGAGCAAACGAUCGGGACGCCGACUUUACGGGGCCAGGCUUCAUCCGCGCCACGGAGGGUACCACGCUGAAGUUCUCCGUGGACGACAUCCCGAAAACGAUGAAUUACGACGUGAUGGUACGCUACCAGCCCCAGAUGAAGGGAGACUGGGAGAACGUGCGGAUGACCGUGAUCCGGCCGGAGGUGUACAACCCCGAGGGACCGUGUGCCAACUCGCACCCAAGCUACGAGCGCGAUAUCACCACGACACUGUCCGAGUACGAAACGAGUGCUAUAGCGCUGCACGACAUUUGUCUGGAGAGCGGCAAAACGUACAAGUUUAUCGUGUCCUUCCAACGGCACGAACCGUACGACGAUAAUCCGACCGCACAGAUCUUGAUCGAUUCGAUCGUGUUGAUACCGCGCAUCGAAAUUACGCCAAUUUUGCAGGGUUCCCAUCAGGCCGAGGUGCGUCACCGCGAGUACGUUGAUCUGGGAUGCAACCACACGUACUACGAUGUGAACUACAUCAUCAACGCACCGGAAGAGUGCAAGGAUCUGCUGAAGACGAUCAGCGUUUACAUCAACAACGGUGCAACGCCUUGCGAGUGUAAUCCGACCGGUUCGAAGAGCAAGAAGUGUGCUGAGUCGGGUGGUUUCUGUAUGUGCAAGACCAACGUCGUCGGACGGCAGUGUGAUCGGUGUGCACCGGGUACGUUCGGGUUCGGGCCGGAAGGUUGCAAGGCUUGCGACUGUAACAGCAUCGGAUCGAAGGACAACGAUUGCGAUUUGAUCACCGGACAGUGUAACUGCCAUCCCAACACGUACGGCCGGGAGUGUGACCAGUGUCAGCCGGGCUUCUGGAACUUCCCCAACUGUCAGAUCUGCGAGUGUAAUGGCCAUACGCCGACGUGUAAUUCGAAGACCGGCGAGUGCAAUCACUGUCAGGACUUUACGCAGGGCUGGAAGUGCGAUCGCUGUAUCGACGGGUACUACGGCAACCCGUUGCUCGGCUCAUCGAUUGGAUGCCGACCGUGCCGCUGUCCGGACACGGCUGCAUCCGGUCACUCGUACGCGAGCGAGUGUUAUCUGCACCCAUCGACGAACGAUGUGAUUUGUGCGUGCGAGGAAGGAUAUGCCGGGGCUCGGUGCGACGUGUGCGCGGACAAUUACUUCGGCAAUCCGGAAAAACCGGGCGGCCAAUGUCAGCCGUGCGACUGUAGCAACAAUGUCGAUCCUAAGCGGCCCGGUAACUGUGAUGCUAAGUCGGGCAAAUGUCUCCAGUGUCUGUACAAUACCGAGGGUGACCAUUGCGAGUACUGUCGGGAUGGUUUCUACGGCGAUGCGUUGCGACAGGACUGUCGGGAUUGUGACUGUAACUUGCUCGGCACGAACCAGACGAUACAGCACUGCGACCGGUACACGGGCCAGUGUCCGUGUUUGCGUAACGUGCAGGGACAGUACUGUGACGAGUGUAUUGAGAAUCACUGGAAGAUUGCUAGCGGUGAAGGAUGCGAGGCGUGCGAUUGUGAUCCGGUCGGAGCGCUCAGCGAGCAGUGUAAUCCGUACGACGGACAGUGUUCGUGCAAGUCUGGAUUCGGCGGACGGCAGUGUAAUCAGUGUGAGGCUUACUUCUGGGGCGAUCCAAAUGUGGAAUGCAAACCUUGCGAAUGUAAUGCGUACGGUUCUGCCACACAACAGUGCGAUCGUACCACCGGACAGUGUGCCUGCAAGUCCGGUAUUGGCGGGUACAAGUGCGACCAGUGCGAUCGAGGCUACCUAGGCCAAGCUCCGUACUGUGAACCUUGCGGCGAGUGCUUUGACAACUGGGACAUGAUUCUGGACGGGCUGCGCAACGAGACCGAUCGUACGAUCGAGGAAGCGAAAACGAUCAAGAAGCUUGGUGCGACCGGUGCCUACAAGAAGGAGUUCGAUUCGAUGUCGAAGAAGAUCGCACAAAUCGAAGGCCUGCUGAACAACACCAUUUCCGAUCGCGAGAUUGAAUCGAUCGGUGCCGAGAUUGAGCGUAUUCGCACCCAUCUGCAGGAGUCGCUACGUAAUUUGGAGGAAUCGGAACGCAAGCUGCAGGAGACGGACUCGAGCAUUAAGCUUGCCAACAUUGAGAUUGUGAACCUCGGACGCCGGGCGGAUGAUGUGAAGCAGCUGACAAGCUAUCUGAAGGAUAACGCGACGAGACUGCAGGAGGGCAACAUCGAGGGUGCGCUGAAUCUUACCCGUGAUGCGUGGUACCGGGUGAGCAUGCUGGGUGAAACGAACAUGAACAUUACGGCGAUCAACAGCCGGGCGGAGAAUUAUUGUCGCCGGGCGGAACAUCUCAUUAGCAAGAAUCAGGUCGACGUUGUGCGGAACCAUGACAAUAACGAAGCGGCCUUCCUGAAGUACCAGGAAGAGUUGAACGAUCUGAACGGAAACAUGCCCGAUCUGAACCAGCGCAUCUGCGACCGUGCCGGUGAUCCGUGCGAUGAGUUCUGUGGUGGUGCGGGCUGUAAGAACGGUUGCGGAGGUUUACGGUGCGAGAAUGGUGCGUUGACACUGUCCGAGAAAGCGCUGGACUUUGCCAAGAAGACGGAGCAAAACAUUAAGGAAAAGGAGGAGCUGGCGGAUGAUAUUCUACGAUCGAUGUCACAAGCGAAGGCAAAUGCGUCGGAAUCGUACAAGAAGGCGAAGCGAACGCACGACGAAACGCAAGCCCAUCUCGAAGAAACGAAGGAUCUUAUCGAUCGUGCGAACGUGCUGAUUGGCAAACUGUCGGACAUGAUCGAAAAUACGACAGCGUCGCCCGGUGAAAUGCGCGAACUCAUCGAUCAGGUCAUGGGAUACACGCUGCAGCUGGACCCGGAUCAGAUCGACGAUCUGGCGCAGAAAAUUCAGGAUGCCGUUUCCCAUCUGGUGAACGUGGAAUCGAUUAUCCGCAACACCGAGAACGAUUUGCGGCGCGUGGAAAUGCUCAAGACCGAUGCGCUGGAGAAAAAGGAACGCGCAGAAAAGGUGUUGGCCGGUGUACUGAACAUAACGAGAGCUUUGGAGGAUGCGGACGAUGCACAGAAGAAGGCACGCCAAUCCAUCAAGCAAGCGAACGGGGAUAUAGCUUCUGCAAAGAUUGAUUUGGAGGAGAUUGAUAAGGAGACGGAAGACGCUCAGAAGCGGGCCAACUCUACGGCUAACGCGGUGUUGGCGUUACAGUCCCGGCUUGAGCAACUCCAGAAGGAUAACAUUCGUAACGAGCUUGACGCCAAGGACAUCAACAAGCAGGCAGAGGAUGUAAAGGACUCGGCCAACAAUGCUCACGAGCGUGCAACGCAGCUCAAAAACGAUUUCAAAUCCGCCAAUGAAUCGCUUACGAAGCAGGCACGUCGUUCGGAAAGUGCCCGGGAGCGUGCUCAAAAUUUGCUGAACCGUGCGUCCAAAAUUACCGUGGAUACGACGACGCAGCUUUCGGCCCUACAGAGUAUGGACGAUAUAUACAAAUCGAAUGAAAAGGAGAUCCAGAAUCUCGAGUCUGAGCUGAACGAUCUUACCGGCAAGAUCACGUUCUAUCUGCAGACGAUCCAAACCAACGCCGAGCGCUACCGUCAGUGCACAUAAUUCGUUGGAUCAACAACGAGCGUCCGAUGCGUGUCACAUCCAUUGACGCAUCGCCUCGAUUGGCCCUCCCAAGCGCAUCUUCGCCCUACCAUUGCGCUAAACGACUGCCAAGGAAACUAAGCAAUUACUAUUGUGUUCACACGGGAAGAUUACAUAGCGAGAGGUUUCAGUGCUCUCAGUGCGCCACUAUACUCUAUUCUAUUUCCAGUUUCAAACGAGUGUCCUGUGACAGAAGCCUAUAGAUAAUUUUUGUGCCAAAAGUAGAGAAAAACGAAUGCCGCGAAUGGAUUAUACACACUUCCAUAAACAGUUGCAGUUUCAACGGUGACUGUUUCGUGCUAUCUGCUCUUUUAACAACUUUCCAUUUCCACAGUCCCCGUAUUAGAUUUUUGUUUGUUUGAGUUCGUCACUAACGCUAGCAAAGCAUAGAGUAAGAUUAAUAAGGAAUGUUUUAGCCAGUAAGUGAUCGAUGGGUGUUGCCAUAGCUUUGAAGAAAACUCCAUUGUCCAAAACAUCCAGUGCAUUUAAUAAGAUUUCGGUUUUUCCCAAUAACUUUAACCAAUAGUUUUGAUUUCACCAACAGAAACGUUCUCUUGGGUACACUGAAGUCCAGUACUGCAGUUUAAAUAUACUCAGACAAUACUACAUAAAUCUAGAAAGACACAUUGCAACGUUUCUCGAAAGUAGCUAAUAGUUCAUAGAAGCACUCAAAACUUCGCCAAUGUGGCAACAAAUAGUUAUGGAAACGAUAGUACCAAUCGAGAUAAAAGAAGAAACACGCCGUUAAUUGUAGCAUCCUAAAAUGCUCGUUUUAACCCUGACUUUAAGCUGAAAAACAAUAUUAACUAAAUCAUAUGGAAGUCUGUGCGUCGUAAAUAAUAAAUAUCUUCUGAAUGUUUUAAA